CGCAAUGGUCUCCGACGUCAUAUGCAUACCAUGACCGGCUGGCGCCAUAACAGUACUUUUAGUACAUAGGAUCAAAUUGUUUCAGAUUGUUUCACUUACCUCGACACGUUUGAUAGGGACGAACAAGCUGUUACUACGGAGUCCUGUCAAUGUGGUCUCCAAGGCUGUCAAUCGAUCGAUGGAACAUCAUAUUAACCCUGAUAACGACUCGGAAGUGCACUUUGUCACGGAGCAUUCAAAUAUUCAGACUCGUGAUAAUCAUGUGCCCAAAUGCAUCGCGCCCUCGCAAUUAUCGAGCUGCUCACUCACAUUCUUCGCGAGGUGUAUAAUGACGAGGGACCCAACCUUCGCCAGGGCGUCAAGGACAUAGCUAGGGUUUCUCAGGUCUGCAAGACUUUCCGAGACCCUGCAUUGGAUUUCCUAUGGAGAAAUAUCAACAGCUUGCUCCCGCUUCUUCGACUCCUUCCUCUUGAUAUUCGCGAAGAGCACAGUGAUACAGCUCGACUUUCAAAGGCUCUUUGGGACAUGCAGUCACCAGAGCGCCAGCGUUAUAUCUCAAUAUCCAGCCGCGUACGCACGCUCUCCUUUUCGGAACCACGCGAGCCUAUCCAUCGCAGUCUAAUAAACGACAUCGUCGAGUACAAUAUCUUCUUAACUCCUCGCGUAGAUGUCUUGCGCCUUCGUAUAUCGUCCGAGGCUGGCCUUCGUCUUCUCCCUGCCCUUCUCACGUCGGAAACAACCGACAUCUCGCUCUCUCUUGACGAAGAUCUAUAUAUUUUCGAUCGCCCCAAAGACCUUGAUGAUCUCAUCGAGUCGGCGUACAUGUCCAUUUUCCAGCGUGCGCCAAACCUUGUGCGCUUCUCUGCAGUUGACUUGCACGAAGCACUGCCGUCAUUGUCACUUACUAAAGCCCCGGGUCAAGAUCAUCUGAAUAUAGCGUGUCUUCAAAGCCUAACACAUGCCGCAUUCUACAUAACCGCCGUUUCUUUACCACAAGUCCUCGAUCUAACCUCACAGCUUCACAAGCUGGAGGACUUGACCAUCCAGGUUUGCGAGAAACCUUUCGAAGAAAUUCCCCGUCCAUCCCCAUGCACGCCAGAGACAUUCAGAUCACUGAAGAACGUCACGUUUGGUGGUUCUCCUGAUGUUAUCAGCCGCAUAUGCUCUGUAUUUCCAGCUAAUCGUACUAUCCAGUCUGCGAUCCUGCGGAUGCACGGUCUUUAUACCAAUGCCAAUGUAGCAUUAGUGCUAUCUGGAAUCGUUGCCGCUGCAUCCAAGGAGUCAUUACAGAAGAUCAUUAUGACUUCUGUGUGCUCUCAAGAAACGACCUUGCCCAAUGGGAUUCCAAUUCGAUCGACACCCACCAAUUCCUGCUAGACAUUCACGCUAUCGAGCCUGCCCUGCAGUUCCCAAAUCUCGAGAUCUUCUCGGCCUGUCUCGGUGUCCCACUGUAUCUCACAGAUGAAGACCAUCUGCGCGUCGCACAGGCAUGGCGCUCCGCGCAGCUGCUGUACCU